AUGUUAAUCAGUUUUUAUUUCACAGACAAGCUAAAAAAAGGGUGGACAUCACCGGUUUAUGCGUUCUACGAGCCAAUACCAAGCAUUGAAUAUAUUGGCGGGCGGCGCUCCCAUGUAUUCCAGUGCAUGGGGAAGGGUUGCAAACAGCGCGUUGUCAUGCAUGAAAUGAAGAUCAUACAUUGA